AUGAGCUGGAGAAUAACAGCAAGCAUCGCAUCGCUUGGACAAGACAGGGUGCUCGUCACUGACCGUGAUGUUCUUUCGUGGUUGCAGCUCCUUAACAAGGGAGAGCAGGGGGAGAAGAACUAUACCUCAGUCGUGCCGUGGAUGGAAUCGCUCUUGUUUAGGCAGCCGGAGAACCCGUCUCCUCAAGAUGAACGGGACCGCGAGGCGCAGGGCUGGACGCUCGAAAAGAUCAAGUCGACACCUAACAGGCGGUUCUUCAAGUCGCACUCCAAUCUCAAGCAAUUGCCGGUGGGCAGUGCCAAAGGGCUAAAGGUUAUCUACGUCGCGCGGAACCCCAAAGACGUCAGUGUUAGCCUUUUCCACCACGUCCGCCACAAGCAAAAGGCCGUGUUUGACGGGGACCAGUCGGACAUGAUCCGCUGUUUCGUCCAGGGGAGGCGAGUGCCAGAACGGUUCGUGGUUCAACCACGUGCUCGAGUGGUGGGAGGCAGCUCAAGCGGACCCUGA